AUGGAGCACCUGAAGGGCCCACAGAAGCCUCUGGCGGAUAGGCGAGCCCAGUCUGUGGACAGGUCACAGGUCCCCAGGAAGGACUCUGAGGCAGGGAACUGCCAGUGCCUCUCCCUGCCCACCACCACCUGCAAGAGGACACUUUGCCGGGUGGCCAGCGAUGGGGCCAAAUAUCCUGCAAGCCCCUUUCAGUCUGCAGAGGCUCAGAGCACCUCAGCCUCAGCCCUCACAUUGGAGGAGACAAGGCAGUGUCCCCCCAGCGAGCAGAGUCCCUCAGAAGACAUCAAGAAGGACAAGGCCCAGAGGCGGGCCCAGCAGGGGUGGCUGAAGACCAUACUGAACUUCCUCCUCCUCCUCAGGACAGGCCCUGAGGAGCCCAGGGAAAAGGCCAUCAGGAGGCCAAAGGGAAAGGAGGAGCCCCUUGAGCCCCCAGAGGCAGCAGAGGAGCCAGCCCUCAGAAAGAAAGCCCAGGAGAGGAAGGCCAGCCGCAAGAAACACGGGCACAGGAAACAUGGUGCCGAGGACACUGAGGGGCCUCAACACCAGGAGGCCAGAGGCCAAGAGGCAGGGCUGCCUGAGGAAGCUGAUCUGGGCCCGACUCACAGGGGUGGACAAGAUUCCAAUCUCCACCAGUUCUUGCCCUUCCAAGGGAGGAAUGCUGGACUCUCGGACACUCCUCCCCAAGCUGCAGGGCCCCUGCCAGAAGAGGAGCUCAAAAAGCCUGAUGAGGACGCUGUCAUCCUUAUGAUUGUGGAAUUGCUCAAGAAAGUGGGUGACCAGUGGGAGGAAGAGCAAUUGCAAGCUCCUCAGCCAGAGGUGGCUCCACAAAACCCAGCAGUGGCCCUCGGGAGGAAAUCCCAGGAAAAAAAGCCCAGCCUCAAGAGGGUCUUUUCUCUUAAGAAACUCAGCCCUGAGGAGCCCAAGAGAGCGAGCAGCUCUGAGGCUCGGUCGCCCAGGAGGCCCGGCUUGUUGUGUGUUGGUGGCCACCGGCCCUCCAUCUCCAACAGCCUUGGCUCAGAAGAACCUGGAGUCCACGAGACCCUACCUGGCCAUGGUGAGGUCCCAAGCCCCUUGGAGCUUCCCACCCAAGCCAGAUGCCAGGGACUGGAAGAGGAGCUUCUGCUGGACGGGGUCCCAGAAUCCAGAGAAUUUAUGCAGAAGAUCCUUGCCCUGCUGCGGGAUGCAGAAGAGCAGGAGGGAGAGCAGCAACCUCAAGUCCAGGAGGCAGAGGCAGCUGUAGAAAACCUGGCCCCAGUCUGCAGAAAGAAAUCCCAGGAGAAAAAGUCCAGCCUCCGGAGAGCCUUUUCUCAUAAGAAAUAUGGCUCCAAGGAACUCAAGAGGGGGUACACUGCCGAUGCCUCCAACACAGAGGUCCGGCCACCCAAGAGGCCCAGCUUCCUGCCCCUGUGUGUGGGUGGCCAGCGGCCCUCCAUCUCCAGCUGCUCAGGUCCUGAAGGUCUGGAGUGUUGGCAGCCCUCGGCUGCAGAAGGGGGACCACUUGGGUUCUCAGAAGCAACCCCCAAGACCAGAAGCCUUGCAUCAGAAGGGCGACCUUCGCUGGCGUGCGAAUCUAAGGACCUCAUCAUCCACGAGCUGGUAGCACUUCUUCAGGAGGUGGACGGCGAGCUGGGGAAGCAGAUCCCGCGUCACCCCAGCUUUAAGAGGAUUUUUUACGAGUUCUCAGACACCUCCCUCAAGAAGCUGCUGUCCACCCUGCGCAGCCAGAAGGCCUGUUCUUCCGAUGGGGACAGGAGCCUGGCCAAGAGAUCCUCCCCGUUUACCUUUGGCUUGGUUAAUAAAUUGUCUGGUAGUCAGAGCCGCACCAUCUGCAGCCUCAUGGGCUCCAGAGGCCACUGUGACCAGCACAAUUACGCCCAGUUCCCGCAGAACAUCACAAGCCUGGAGGGCUUUCAGAGUCCAGACUGA